AACGGGUUAAUGCAGGGGUUUUGAUUUCUAAAGUAUGGUUUCUCAACCUGUAGCUAACGUUACAUGAAGCAGCUUAAUACCGACAGCACUCCUUUUAACUGGAUAUAUGUGUAGGUAAUGUGUUAAAAAAAGCGUAUAUUUUCUUUAGUAGCCUGAAAAAUAAGCAGAUCAAAAGGACUUCGGCUGAAACAUCUGGAAUCUGUUUCGUACCAGCCUCAUCGCGUAUUAGAUAUACGGGCUACUUUUGAGCAGCAGAGUCGUCUGAUCGGUAGUAGCCUACAUUUUCAACUUCAGAUUUGCAUUCUUACGCGCCCGAGUCUGCAGUUUCCUUUAGUGUUCGGAUGGGGCUGCGCAAACUUUGAAGAGAGGGAAGGCGACUGAAGAGCAGAGGCCCAGCAGGAGGGACAGAGAGUCUAUCAGAAGAGAAGGGCUGUGGCAGGGGAGAGGUGGAGGACGAUGGAGCCCUCGUCCCUGGACCAGUCCGCCACGGUGGACGAGCUGGUGGAGGCCUGCAUCCAAGCCUUUGACGAAACGGGCACUCUGAAGGACGCCUCACUGGUACGCAUGUUCCUCAUGAUGCAUCCCUGGUACCUCCCCUCCACAGACCUCGCCCACAAACUCCUGCUCAAAUCCCAGGAGGAUGGUUGCACUGCCGAGGUCAGGACAAGAAUCUGCCACCUGGUCAAGUACUGGAUAUCUGAGUUUCCGGCUGAGUUCAACCUGAACCCGGAGCUGGCGGAGCAGAUAAAGGGCCUGAGGGACCUGCUAACCACCGAGGGCAACGAGCGACAGAGCCGGCUGAUAGACGUCGAGAGCGUGCCCUCGUACGAGUGGAAACGACAGGUGACACAGCGAGUCCCGUCUGUCUCCAAAAAGAGGAAGAUGUCUCUGCUCUUCGAUCACCUGGACGCCUGUGAGCUGGCGGAGCACCUCACCUACCUGGAGUACAAGUCCUUCUGCAAGAUCCUGUUCCAGGACUACCACAGCUUUGUGAUGCAUGGCUGCACUGUGGAUAACCCCAUCCUGGAGCGUUUCAUCACCCUGUUCAACAGCGUGUCGCAGUGGAUCCAGCUGAUGGUGCUCAGCAAGCCCACCGCCCCCCAGAGAGCCGCCGUCAUUUCCCACUUCAUCCGGGUGGCGCAGAAACUGCUGCAACUGCAGAACUUUAACACACUGAUGGCUGUGGUGGGGGGCCUGAGCAACAGUUCCAUCUCCAGACUCAAAGACACGCAGUCGCACAUCAGCAGCGAGACGAACAAGGUGUUCAACAACCUGACAGAGCUGGUGACGUCGUGCGGGAACUACAGCCAGUACCGCCGGCGCUUCUCCGAGUGUGUGGGCUUCCGCUUCCCCAUCCUCGGGGUCCACCUGAAGGACCUGAUCGCCGUGCACGUGGCGCUGCCCGACUGGGCCGACCCGGGGAAGACGCGGGUCAACCUGGUGAAGACCCAGCAGCUCUACGCCAUCCUGCAGGAGCUGGCGCUGAUCCAGACCACGCCCCCCAGCGUCGACGCCAACACCGAUCUGCUCAACCUGCUGACGGUGUCGUUGGAUCAGUACCACACUGAGGAGGAGAUCUAUCAGCUGUCCCUGCAGCGGGAGCCUCGCAGCUCGAAGCCAGCGGCCUCUAACCCCACUCCGUCCCCCGCCCCCAAACCCACUAUGAUUGACGAGUGGGCAGCGUCUGUGAAACCCAAAGCGGACCCUGCUGUCAUCACCAAACAUAUUGAAAAAAUGGUAGAGUCUGUGUUCAAGAACUUCGACACAGACGGCGAUGGGCAUAUCUCGCGGGAGGAGUUCGAGAUCAUUAGAAAUAACUUCCCGUACCUCAGCAAGUUUGGCGAGCUGGACACAAACCAGGAUGGCAGAAUCAGUCGAGAGGAAAUGGUGGAGUACUUCAUGAAGGCCAGCUCUCUGCUCAAUUGCAAGAUGGGCUUCAUACACAGCUUUGCAGAGACCACCUACGUGAAGCCCACUUUCUGUGAGCACUGUGCAGGCUUUAUAUGGGGGUUUUACAAACAGGGAUACAAGUGUAAAGCGUGUGGAGUGAACUGCCACAAAGCGUGCCGGAAUCGGCUAGCCGUGGAGUGCCGCAAGCGGACCAAAAGCAUCAGCCACGAGCCGCCCCCCUCCCUCCACGCCCGUUCCUACAGCUUUCCCCCCCCAGCCAACCCCCCGCCCAGCCUACAGAACACAGUGAUCGCCGAGGAGGAGAUUGAGUCAGUAGAGGAGGGAGUCUUUGAUGUGCACCUAUAACCAGACUGAAUUUUCACUGCAAGGCAGCCCAGCAUGCAUGUAUGCACCUGGAACAUCUGCAGGGACACAAUGGCAAAGUUAACGAGCUGAGGGAAGGAGUCUGUUUUGUCUGGCAGCUACCAGUGGAACUUUUUACCAAGUGAGGGAAAUCGCACUGAGAAAAGCAAGACACCUGAAGGCUGCCACCCUGUGGAACAAUUCUGCAACUACAUGUGUUCUAGCAUUCUCCCUUUCCUGUGUUUGGUCGAUACCUGCUCCUUCCUGCAUUUGUACUUGAUCUGAGCAUGUAUAUAUUACAGUUCGCCAGUUUAGUGUAUUUAUAUUAUCUGUAUUUACAGCAAUGUCUCUGUUUCAUUCCCUCUUAUUCCUGUCUCUGUUGAAAGUUCAUCGACAGUGCGGCCUUUGAAAACAGACAAAGGUGGUAAAGUCAAAGAGAGAGGACAGUCCUAGCGGGGCGAUUAAGUUCAGUGUACCACUGAGACAAGGCUUCCACUGUAAAGGAAUUGUAGGCCAUGCUCUUUGCAUUACAAGCCAGCCUCCUGAAGACCAGAUUUUUUUUUCCCCCAAACCAAAAUAAAAGGUGCUAUCAAGUCCUGGAGUCCUUCCUGACUGCCUUAGCCUUGACACAGGUUUAGGCUUUGCAUUAACAGUCAGGCUGCCCUCAUCAUAAAAACUGUCUGUUGCUCAUGCUGGGAGGGAGCAGUCAGGUAGUUUCCUGUGCCACAAGUCAAAAGAGACAUUGGUCCUGGCCAGAUUUGUCUGUACGGCAGUUUGAUGUUCAAUGGAAAGAUUGUUUCCACAAAAGAGAAAACAACAGUAGCAGGAAUCCGUGCAUCUCCAACCCCGUCACUUUAAGACUUAACACAUUUUACGCUGUCAAACUACUUUUGUUCGGUUUACCUUGAUAUUGAUCUCUGAAACUGUGGUGCAAUAUGCUAAGUGUUUGAGUGUUCUGCUGCAUUAUACCCCCCCCCCCCCC